CCGCUCAGGCGAAAGCUGAAACGAAACCGAGUGACGGACGCGUCUUAUCAGCGCCAGUAAGAGCGCCUUUCGCCACGUUUACUGCGUUUCGCUUCGGCGCCCUCGCAGAUCUGGGGGAUUUAUGAGCGGUUUGUGCGCAAAUCUGAAUACCCCGUCACGUCUGAUCGCGUUUCAUUAUUAAGAUGCGCCCGUGUUCCUGCGACACGUUUGUGGCUCUGCCGCCGUCCUCCGAGGGCCAGCGCGUCGUCUUCGGGAAGAACUCCGACAGGCCACGCGAUGAAGUCCAAGAGGUGGUGUACUUUCCUGCCAGAGACUAUGACGCGGGCGCAAAGGUGGAGUGCACAUACAUAGAGAUCGAGCAGGCUGCCCGCACCUUCGCGGUUGUAUUGAGCAGACCAGCCUGGCUGUGGGGAGCGGAGAUGGGGGCGAAUGAGCACCAGGUGUGCAUUGGAAAUGAAGCCGUGUGGGGGAGAGAGAGUGCUGAUGGGGACGAGGCGCUUCUAGGCAUGGAUCUUGUCAGACUUGGACUUGAGAGAGCCGACACGGCGGAGAAAGCAGUGGAUGUUAUUACAGCGCUGCUGGAAAAAUAUGGUCAGGGAGGAUCUUGCAUGGAGGAUGAAUGUAACUUUACCUACCACAACAGUUUCCUUAUCUCAGACAGAAAGGAGGCAUGGCUGCUGGAAACAUCAGGAAAGUACUGGGCAGCAGAAAGAGUGGAAGAGGGAUAUCGUAACAUCUCGAAUCAGUAUGGGAUAACAACCAAGAUAGACAAGGAACAUCCUGGCAUGAGGGGAUAUGCCCAGAGCAAAGGAUGGUGGGAUGGAAAAACACAGUUCAACUUUGCCGAAGUGUAUUCCCUCUUGACUACCGCCAGAAUCGAGGCCUCAGGCAGCCGGUAUUGCGAAGGCAAGAAGUUGUUGGAAAAAAGCACUGGUCACAUUACUGCAGAGACGAUGAUGGAUAUUCUCAGGGAUAAGGAAAGUGGCAUCAACAUGGAGGGAGCAUUUAUGACAACGGGAAGUAUGGUGUCUGUGAUACCCAAGGAUCCUGCUCUGCCAGGGGUCCAUUACUUCACUGGAACUCCCGACCCCAAGAGGUCCGUUUUCAAACCCUUCAUCUUUGUGAGUUACAUUAAACAGUGUAAGCAGACUUGCUCGCCCAGCUAUGGCCUCGAUGACCCUGUCAAGAAGAAACCCCGCUUCCAGAACAAGCCCAAUCGUAAACACCCGUUGUUUCUUAAGCACGAGUGUGUAGCUGCCAUUCUAGAAACCGCCAGGGAAAGAGGAAAGAAGAUUGCACAAAAAAUGGAGCAGCUUGAAAAAGACAAGAUGGCUGAGAUGGAGACAUUUCUUUCAGAAGGUGUCGAGGACCUCACGCUGGUAGUAAAUCUGUUCUCAAACUCUGUCGAGGAGGAGAUGAGUGUGUACGGCAAAAGUUGAGGACACGCCUGAAGUCCAAACUAGUCGUACAUUGUGGCAGUAGAACCGCUGAAUACACCCAUACAGUUCUUCCAAAGUGUCUUGACUGGUUUGUAUGUUACCUUUUGGUUGUGGUGCAGAGGAUUAUAAAUGCGCUUAUAUUUAUGUAUGAACCAAUAUAUCACAUUAUUUUUGGAAAAGAGCACUUGUCUUAAUGCAAAUAAAAAAUGAGCUGCUCAAAUUAAAUGGGUUAUCAAAAGCUUAGUGGUGGACCACACCAUAAAUAAUAGAAAUAAAAAGU